UGACUAUCUUCACUGUUAUUAUGUAUUUUUCAUCAAAAGAAUGAUCCAGUAUAAACGAAAUUUGUUUGAUGCUGUAUCGUCAGUAUAAAACUAAAUUUUAAAAUCCUUAGUUGUUGAAUAAUAGACUCUUAGAUCUAAGAAUUUAUGAAGCUGAUAUUUAAAAUAAGUUAACAAUAACAAAAAUGUGUUGCAAUGGAGAUGAUGAAGAUGAACAACAACCCGAACAUCCCAGAGUUCGAGGUUGUACUGAUAUUUUUUGGUUGUGUUUGUUUAUAAGUUUUUGGUUUCUUAUGAUCAUGAUUGCUGCAUUUGCUUUGGUGUAUGGUGAUCCUAUGAGGCUUGUCCAUGGUUACGAUAGCUUUGGAAAUACCUGCGGAACGAAAAAUACUCCUGCUACCAAACGAUCCGAUUUAUAUGUUUUAGAUAACAGCGAUAAGCCAUUAUUAUUUUUCUUUGACAUGAAUGAUCUUAAACAGUCAUUUAAAAUCUGUGUGAAAGAAUGUCCAAAUCGUUUGAUGGUAAAUAUCGAUAACAUUUGUCAAUUUUAUAAAGAUACUGGCUCACAAUUAUGUUUUGAUGACCCAAAGUUUGGGGUUAAUGCCUGUAAUUAUAACAAUCAACAUAACUUAACGAUGUGCCCAAAACCUCCAAUUUACGAUAGUACUCCAAUUUUAAAUCGAUGUGUGCCCAAAAUUGUUAAAGAUGUUACGUCGGGUCUUGUUUAUAAUUUAUAUGGCUUACUUAAUUCUUGGGAUGUUAUUGAACAAAUUUUGGGAGACUUAUACAAAACAUGGAGAGAAAUUUUAUUCUUAUCUGUUUUGGCCUUUGUAUUGUCAUUAUGUACAAUAGCAAUUUUUCACUUACUGGCUAGUUUUGUAACAUGGAUUGUUAUGGUGUUAGUUAGUGGAGCGUGUAUAUGUGGUACUAGUUUACUGUGGUGGACUUACGCAGAUAUUAAAAAAACCAUAAAUGCUACGAACCCAACUGAACUACUCGAAGAAUCUUUAAGAAAUGAAACUGCUUUUCUAGUAUUUUCAAUUAUUGCUACAGUUAUAACGAUCGUUAUAAUUUCACUUGUAUGUGUACUUCGGCGACGAAUAAGUUUUAUGGGUGUUCUUUUUAAAGAAAGUGCUAAAUGUCUAGCAGAAUUACCUGGAUUAUUUUUCCAACCGCUAUUAACAUUUUGCGCUCUUUUAUUAUUUUUUACCUUCUGGAUCACCAUCAUUAUUUGUCUCGCUACGUCAAAUCUUCCUGCUAAUAAAUCCAUUUUUAUGUUAAAUUCAUCUGGAAGUCCUACACUCAUCAAUCAACAAUCCGACUAUAAUACAGUGCUAGAAAGACAAACAUCUAAUUUAACUUUUAGAGAUAUUUCAAAACUCACUCUUGUUGAGUACGUUGAUGCAGUUUGGAUUAAAUACAUGUGGUGGGUAUACAUAAUAGCAUUAAUUUGGGUAUCUGAAUUUAUUAAUGGAUGCCAAAACCUUGUAAUUUCCGGUGCAGUUGCUCAUUGGUACUUCAGAGGUAAAGAAUCAAACUCGUCACCAGUGUGCUCUGCAAUUGGGAAAUUGGUUAGCUACCAUUUAGGUUCCGUUGCUUGUGGGUCAUUUUUGAUAACACUAUUUAAGUUGCCGCGAUUGAUUUUAAUGUUUUUACAGCAAAAAUUUGAAAAGACCAAAGAAACUUCAGUUUGUUCACAAUGUGGAUUAAAAAGUUGUAUUUGCUGUUUUUAUUGCUUAGAAAAAUUUAUAAGAUACAUAAAUCAUAAUGCUUAUACAGUUGUCGCUAUUGAAGGUGCAAGCUUUUGUCGAGCUGCUAAAAUUGCAUUUUCAACCAUUGUUAGCAAUGCUUUGCAACUUGCCGUCAUCAAUGGAGUCGGAGAUUUCAUUCUAUUUUUGGGAAAGGUCUUCGUAACAGCAGUCACAGGAAGUAUUGGACUUUUAGUUCUGAAACAAGACCCUAGAUUACAUUUUUAUGCAGCGCCUAUUUUAUUAAUAUGUAUUUUUGCUUUUUUCAUUGCGCACUGUGUCAUUUCACUUUAUGAAAUGAUAAUUGACACAUUAUUUUUAUGUAUUUGUGAAGAUAAAAAUCUUAAUGGUGAAAAUGGUAAAUGGCGACAAUCGAAUCUUAUCCAAAUUGGAUGUAACAACAUGAGUUCCAAUGGUCAACACGAGUUAGCUCCUAUGAAUCAAUAAAAUUAAUUUAUUCAUUUAUCUUUCAAUAUUCCGUCCGGGUGGGAACCCGAAAAAUUUAUUAUCUAUUUAUAAAUCUUUUUAUAAAAAUAUCUUUUAUUUUUGGAUAUUUUUUUUUUCGAUCUUCAAAAUCCGAUCAUUUAAAUCACAAAAAAAGUUUGAACUGAACUCUAGAGGCUUUUUGAAAACUAAAGACUUACAGAACUCAAAAGUUCAAUUUCAUUCAAAAUGAGCAUAUAAUGACGUGUAGCUUUGCCCCAGUUUGAUUUACGAACAAUUGUUAAAUGGUAAUCUUUUAGAGCACUGAAAAAUCUAUUUUAAAAAAGUCGGAUAAAUUUACAUUGUUAGUGCAAUACCUUACGGACUACAAAAGUUUAAAAAUUGAUUUUUUAACAAAAAUGAAAUUAAUGAAGGUGUUCGGUUGCAGAAAUAAGAUUAAUUCUUAUAGAAUAUUGGUCAGCAGAAGUCUGACUAUUUUUCGAUUUUAUGACUAUUUUUCUGAAAGUGACUCACAUGUUUAAAAGGCGUUGUUUGUAAUCAUAUAAAUAAUGUUUCUGAAAAGUUACAGGAAAAUUGUAAAAGUGGCGGAGCUACUUUUGGAAGAAUAGCCGGUUUUUUUUAAUUAGUAUCAAACAUAUAUUUUACAAAAUUGUAUUUAUAGUUUUUCUCGAAUUUUUACAUGUUUAUUUUUUACAAUGUUUAUUUCAAAAACAUUAAUUUUCUUUUAGAUUUGACUUCAAAUUUCAGCUAUCUCAUUUAAAAAAAUAUAUGGCUCAUGUAAACUAUAUUCCUGAAAUUUUUUCGGUGACUAGUUAUUGUUAAUGCAAUUAUCUUAAAAAUCAUUCUAAAAGAGAAAAUUGCACAGGAUUACUAACAUCAGCCAGUUUUGUCACAAUUUUGUGUCAACUUAAAAGUAGUUCCUGCAAAACUCAUAUAGUUAUGAGAGUCUUUAUUUGUGUCCGCGUGUCGGGAUGAAAUGAUCAACAAGUGUUACCCGAUUUUAAUGAAAUCAUCAAAGUAGAAUUCAUAUCUUAUAGUUUUACAAAUAAAAAUUCCAUCCUAUUUUUCAAAAAAAGAAGAAAUCGAUUUUCCCUAAUUAAUUUUUACUAAAAUGAUUCUGUAAUAUCAUAAAUGUAUCUGUGCAAUUUUCAGACAAUAUUUAUUAUACUCACAUUUA